AUGACGGCAAACCUGGAUUCCCAUCGGGUUGGAUAUUCUUGGUUCCACUCGCCCACUCGCUGCUCCUGCUGCACACUCCCUCUCUUCCUCAUGUUUCUCCUUAUUUACAGCAUCACCGUGGUGGGGAAUAUUGGCAUGACUGUCAUAAUCAAGAUUAACUCCAAACUGCACACCCCCGUGUACUUCUUCCUCAGCCACCUCUCCUUUGUAGAUUUCUGCUCUUCCUCCAUCACUCCCAAGAUGCUGGUAAAUUUAGUUAUAGUAGACAGAACCAUAUCAUGUGUAGGAUGCUUAGUGCAAUUCUUUUUUUUCUGUACUUUUGUGGUAACUGAAUCUCUUUUAUUAGGAGUGAUGGCUUAUGACAGGUUUGUGGCCAUCUGCAACCCUCUACUCUACACAGUAGCCAUGUCCCAGAGGCUCUGUGCCAUGCUGGUGUUGGCAUCCUAUGCGUGGGGGUUAGUAUGCUCCUUAAUACUGACCUGUUCUGCUUUGAAUUUAUCCUUUCGUGCUUUCAACAUCAUCAACCACUUUUUCUGUGAGUUUUCCUCUCUUCUUUCACUUUCAUGCUCUGACACUUCUGUCAGUCAAUUGUUGCUUUUCAUUUUUGCUACUUUUAAUGAGGUCAGCACACUCCUUAUCAUUAUCUUGUCUUAUGUGCUCAUUGUUGUUACCAUUCUGAAGAUGCAUUCAGCCAGUGGCCGCCGCAAAGCCUUCUCCACUUGUGCUUCCCAUCUGACAGCCAUAACCAUCUUCCAUGGGACCAUACUAUUUCUAUACUGUGUACCCAACUCCAAGAACUCCAGGCAAACUGUCAAAGUGGCCCCUGUGUUUUACACAGUGGUGAUCCCCAUGCUGAAUCCCCUAAUCUACAGUCUGAGAAACAAGGAUGUCAAGGACACAGUUAGAAAAAUAAUAGAUACUAAAGUCUUUUCUUCUUAA